AUGUUGAGCUCGUGGUUUGGGAAAGCUGCCGGAGACGAUGAUGCUCAGAUUGAACAACCACGCCUUUCUACCGAUCUAUACAACCGGGGAGGAACCUCCAUUUCCACUGCACACGACGCCCUGGCGCCUCGGUCUUCUCUUGACAUCUCUAAAUCGAGCAAGAAACCUCAACUGCCUUACUCAACGCCUCAUGACACCGUCAUCUCACAACUCCAACCGGCACCCAAACCACAACCAUCCGUACUGAGCAAGUUGGAUGCAAGGUCUGGUCUACUCAAUGAUGACUGGGGUACGGGCGGCCAUCCCCACUCGUUGGGAAGCCCAGACUCUGCCUCACACUCCAGGAUAGAUGUCGGCAUAAGCUCUCCACCAAGCAUUCACACCGGAAUUACUGCGAACCUGCGAUAUGCAGGGAGCAAGAGCAACGUCCAGGUCCAACCUCAGACUGUCGAUCUUCUCCUGGACCCAUACGACGGUACCUCUCAGGGCGUUCUCGUCCCACAAGUAAUCGACGUCGUCUCACCGGGCGAAGCCGUUCAUAAUCCGAAGAUCAUAACAGACACCUCAGGCAACUCGGGAGAGGAGAUGUGGUCUCAUCUUUCGCGGGUGCUGGAGCUGCAAGGCCAGAUCGCCAAGAUGCACAUCGAAAUGGAGGGAAUAGGUUUGGGAGACGGAAAACGAAAGCCUGGUGGAUUCAAGGCUCCAUCAUCAAUGGAUGAAAGGAGAACAUUUCAUGGGCAUAGGAAGAGAACCGUGAGCAGUGUGUCGACAGUGGCAAGCGGAGACUACAAAGGCGGUGAUGAGGAGGGUGUUGGGGUAGGUGACGAGGAAGCUGAUCAGAACAAGGCCCGGGAAGAGGAGUUUGCCAAGCUCGCGGACCAGUUUGAAGGGAAGAAGGAUUCCAUUCGCGAAAUCAUGAACAAGGUAUGGGUCCACACUUCUGGGGGUGAAACGUGCAUAUGCUGA